GGCGCCUAGCCACCCCGGAGCUCGCUGCGAAGCCUCUCCCGAGAGAGCCUGGAGCGGCACCUGCCCUCCUCCGCCCUCCUCCGCCCCCCUCCCUCGGGCUCCCGGGGGCCCGGAGGCCACCACGCCCGGCCCUCCGCCGAGACGGGCACCGAGCCGUCAUGGGGGCCUUCUUCUGGCAGAGGCUCCUUGGAGCUUGGAGCCCCCUCGGCCAGGCGGGCAGGACGGGGUCCUCAGAGGCCCCACCGGGGCCCUGCAGUAGCCCUGCCCGGCCGGCAGGGGAGGGUGGCCGUCCACUGGGGGGGGGCCCGUGAGGUCAGCGGACGGGAGGGCCCGCCUCCUCAGGGCACCGGGCCCGGGGCUCCGCGGGACGGCUCGCAGCGGGCACCGCCGGCCACCCGGACCCGCGGCAGCGCCAGGAUGCUCACCCCGGGCCCCCCGCCGCCCCUGCUCCCCAAGCCGGGGAAGGACAACCUGCGGCUGCAGAAGCUUCUGAGGAGAGCCGCCCGGAGCAAGACGGCGGGGGCCGCGCCCGGCGCCUUCCGGGCCUCCCUGUCCCCCGUGAGCGAGGCCAGCCAGGACCCGGAGAGCAGCCCCCCACGGGCCGCGGGGGGCCCCCCGCCCCGCGCCCCGCCCCCGCCCCCGUCCCCCACCCCGAGUCCUCCGCGGCAGAGGCCGCCGUCCGCCCGCGUCCAGGCCCCGUCCAGGCCCGCGGCCUCGGCGUCGGGCCCCGCGCGGGGCCCCGGGGGCCGUGCCCCCCCCGGCGGCGCCCCGGCAGCCGCGGGCACCCACGUCACGCAGGUGCACAUCCGGCUGGCCUCGCCCCCGCGGGCCGGGACCCCUGGGCCGCCCACGGCCGCCCGUCCUCUCGGCACCCAGCCUCGGGUCCCGGUGGCCCACAUCCGCCCCCUGCCCGCCGGGGCUGAGGCGGGCCGGCCGGGGGGGCCGCCGGUGGCGAGGCCCGCGCCCCGCGUCCCGGCCCCCGCGCCCCGGGAGGCCGGCGCCAGGGUGGUCGUGCCGAUCGCCCCCACCUACCGCUCCCCGGGGCCCUCCCCUCUCAGCCCGGCCCCCGGGAGCCCCGAGACCGCGUGCCCGGAGGAGCCGACCCGGGCCGGCCCCCCCGGAGCCCCGCUCCCGCCCCGGCCCUCGGGCCCCGCCCCGGGCCCCGCCCCCCGAGUCGCCCCCGAGCCCCCGCUGGGCGGCUGGGCGCGCCUCAAGAAGCGGCUGACGGAGGAGGCCGAGCAGCCCCCCUUCCCAGAGCCGCGGGGGAGCCCCGAGCCCCCCCCGCCCGCGCCCCGGGCCCCGGCCGGCCCGCGCCCGCCCGCCUCCCGGGCCUCCGGGCUGUGGGACGCCGCGCUGUACCGGGUGUGGGUGGCCGAGUCGCGGGGCCCCACGGCGCGGCCCGCGGGCGGCCCCGGCCGCCUGCCCUUCCUCUGCCGGCCCCGCUUCGACGCCCGGAAGCUGCGGGAGGCCGCCCGCCCCCCGCCCGCCCCCCACGACGCCCCGGAGCCGAGCCCCCACCCCAAGAACUUCAACCGGACGGCGGCCGGCUGGAGGCUGCCCUGAGGAGCGCGCGCCGGGCGGGGGGCCGGGCCGGGGGGCCCCCCUCGCUGCCGUCACUCCGUGCGGCGUGGACAGGGCGGCCAGGCUGAAGACGCCCCGCGAUCGCCCGGUGCUCACGGCCACCUGCUCCCAGGACAGGACCGCGGGGCGCCGGGACCCGACGGGAGGAAGGAGGGCACAGGCCUGCUGGCCGCUCAGGGCGUGCCGGGGGUGAGGACGGAGCCGGGAUGGGGGCUGCGAAUAAACACACAUCCACCCGCA